AUGGGCGAGGCAGACAGCUACGCCAACGGCGGCAACGAACGAGGUCCGCCGCAGCAAUGGGGACAGCAACAGUAUGGCCAGCCCUACGGUCAGCAACAACAGCCGUAUCAGCAGCAGUAUCAGCAGCCGUAUCAGCAGCCGUAUCAGCAGCAGCCGUAUCAGCAGCAACCGCCGCCCCAGGGCUAUCACAACCAGUCGCAGGACCAGACUCACCCGAAUCAGUACGGCGCGCCGCCGCCCUACAGCUACAACCCGCCCAAGGGCAAUGACCCCAACUACUCCUUUGAUCAGGCCUUCAAGGUCGAGAAGCCCAAGUGGAAUGACCUCUGGGCCGGAAUCCUCCUCAUCCUCGUCUUUGCUGGCUUCGUCGCCGUCUCCGUCAUCUCCAUCCGAGGUUAUGUCACAGGCUCUCGUGGCAAUGGCAUCUACGGCGGGAGAAACAAUUUCUCCCUGAACAACAACACCAUUAUCCUGUUUGCCUUUGGUCUCGCCGUUGCCUUCGUCCUGUCCUGGGCAUACAUCACAGUCGCGCGUGUGUUCCCCAAGCAAUUCAUUUGGAUCACAGGCAUCCUGAAUAUUUGCUGGGCCCUCGGAACUGCAAUCUUUUAUCUCUACAAGAAGUACUGGUCCGCCGGAAUCGUCUUUCUCAUAUUUGGACUUUUCACGGCCUUUGCCUUUUAUACCUGGAUCCCGCGCAUUCCCUUUUCGGCUCUGAUGCUCAAGACGAGCAUCAAUGUCAGCAAAAGGUACGGCCAUGUCUACCUUGUUUCCUUGAUUGGUGGACUGCUGGCUACCGCAUUUGCUGCCUGGUUUUCCGUCACCCUGACGGCUGUUUACGUCACGUACGAACCAGGGGCCAACAACCCCAAGUGCGGGCCCAACGGCAACGGCUGCAGCAAGGCGAAAGUCAUAGGCUUGACCGUCUUCAUCACCUUUGCCAUGUACUGGAUUUCUGAGUGGCUCAAGAACACGAUCCACACCAUCAUCUCUGGUGUCUACGGUACUUGGUACUUUUGCGUGCACAACUUCCCAAGGGGCGCGACGCGAGGAUCCGCCAAGCGCGCACUCACCUAUAGCUUCGGCUCCAUCAGUCUGGGCAGCUUGCUCGUCGCCAUCAUCCAGUUCCUGCGCCAGCUGUGCUCCGUCGCCAGGCAGCAAGCUGGUCAGGAAGGCGGCAUCGGCGGCACUGUUGGAUACGUCCUAUUCUGCAUUCUCGGCUGUCUAAUCGGGUUGCUCGAGUGGGCUCUGGAGUUCCUGAACCGAUACGCCUUCUGCCACAUUGCACUGUACGGCAAGGCCUAUAUUCCCGCGGCCAAGGACACGUGGAACAUGAUCAAGGACCGCGGCAUCGACGCACUAAUCAACGAAUGCCUCAUAGGGCCCGUACUAUCGUUUGGCGCCAUGUUUGUCGCCUUUGCCACUGCCCUACUCGCUUAUCUGUACCUGCUCUUCACCAAGCCAAGCUACAACGAAAACGGAGGCUUCACUGUCGUCGUCUUGGUGUUUGCAUUCCUGAUUGGUUUCCAGAUUGCGCUCAUCUUCACCACACCGAUUUCCAGCGGCAUUGAUACAAUUUUCGUCGCAGCCGGGUGGGAUCCGCAGGUUAUGAUCAACGAGCACCCGGAACUCUACCAGGAGAUGGUGAGGCUGUAUCCCAAAGUUCAGCAGGCUAUUCAGGCGCGAUAG